CUGUUCAGCGCAAUACUUGCUUCCGCUGCAGAGAUGAACAACGUAGGGUAUUAGGCAAGAAGCCAGCUUUUUGUCUGAUACAGGCUAGCGCCGAAAGUUUCUCGAAAUACAGUUUCGCGUUAACGAAUUGGUGUUAGUUUAAAACAGUCAAAAUGAACACGUGUACUAUGAGGAAUUGUCGAAUGAGCUCGUAUAAAAAUGUCAUGGACCUUUUUCUUCCUCAAAAUGGAGUCGUGGACGGAACAAUGCACUAUGGAUCGGGGAAUUCCUCUCCGCAAGAUGCCACAGGUACACCUAAAGACUCCAAUGGUACCCCAAAACGGCCGAACAACCUGGGGGUGGUCUCAACAAACGGAUAUGCACCAAAAAAUAUCACGGACGACGUGGAAGACGGUUCGUUGCCGAGCACCCCGGAGUUUCAUUCGGAUAGUGAAUCCGACGAGGCGCUGGAGAGGGAAACGAAAAGCCUCAUUACUAGUUUCUUUAGAGACUUUACUGGACUUUCUCAACGACGAUGGAAAGAAAGCGAAGCACUAAAAACAAUGAAAAGAGUUGUGGCGGACGUAUUAGAAAAGCACCGAUACGCAUACAACGGAAUGGUCAACAAAUUGUCAUUGGAUGAAAGAGGGGAGGACGUGACAUUUGUGAGCGCGGUAGCCAAGAGCCUGUUUGCAGACAAAACCACCAACUGGGGUCGUAUUGCCAGUCUGAUGGCCUUUGGGGCAGUGGUGUGUCAGCGCUUGAAGGAAAAAGGCAGGGACAAUUGUGUGGAGCUGGUGAGCCAGGAGAUUUCCACAUACCUGCUGUCUGACCAACGAGACUGGCUGGUUAAAAACAAUGCAUGGGAUGGAUUUGUGGAGUUUUUUCGUGUAGCAGACCCCGAGUCAACAGUGAGGAACACACUCAUGGCCUUUGCUGGAUUUGCUGGUAUUGGGGCAACACUGGCCCUGUUGAUCAGGUGAAAAAGGACACACCAGCCUUUUUUGGACAGUUUUUUUUUUUUUUUUUUUUUUUUUCCCCCCCAGCCUUGCUUAUCUGAACUUCAACCACCAUGUGAAUUUAUAAUAUAUAUAAAUAUUAUUUAAUUUACAGAUCUUAUUUUUUUAACUCUGUAAACUGUGCUAGAUGUAUUAAAAUGAGAAAAAAAAAUUUUUUUUGGUUUUUUCCUAGUCUUUUCCCCCUCUUGUGUUUACUUGGUUUUUGGUGACAGUGGUUUGUGAGAAUGAUACAGAAAUGGAAGGAAAACCUGAAUGAUUGCAAUUUUUCCACUGAGUGCUGGAGGAGGAGGAAUUGCAUGAGUGGAAAUACUUCCUGGUUCUGAAAAUGUUGGACUAAGAGAUGAUCCCAACAUCACGCUGGACUUUUGAGUGUUCAGGAUCCUGGAAAGUUUGUGAGGGGACAAACAGAGCAAGGACUAGAAGAUGACAGUUGCCCAAAAUAACAUUACUCUGUACCAACAAUGGACUCUGAAUAAUGAAACCCAGAUGUAAGCUUUCAAAAAAAAAAAAAAACGCACACAACCUAGAAUUAAAAAUGUAUUUAAUUCACACAGUUUGGCCUUUUGACAGUCUAUCCUUAAAGGGAAAUUUGCAAAAGCAGGAAACUGGUUAUAUCUACACUAAUUAUUUUCAUAUUUAAACACUGCACUAAGCUUUAAAGUUUAAUAUCUCCAUAUCUGUUAGCCUUUGAAGUACAAUGACACCACAACCCAAAUGCAGAGCAAUGGCUGCCAUUUCCUAGAAAUUUGAGACUGCAGCAACACCUUCAUCACACAAAGUGCUCAGCUGCGUCUGCACUUCUGCUAGGUGCAUCUGUAGCAUUUUAUCUGCAAAGAGCUGGUGCACAACUGAAUUCAACAAGUAGUUUGUGAAACUGGGGUAAAGGAGUUCACAACAUCCUGAAAUUACAUAACAGUCUACUUCCUGUGUUUUAGCUACCUAGAAACUUAUGACUUGGUCAGAUAUGAUACAUUUAAUUGGGUAUUUGAAUUUGUAAUGUUUUUAAUGUCUUUUAACCACAUAUUUAAUAUGCUUGUUGGCGAGAAGGUUUCUAAAGUACACUUCUGAUGUGUUCUGCUCUCUUUUUGCUUGUGUCAUUAAUCUGAGAAGUGGCAUCAAGUCUCAAGCAGGGGGAUCCUUGGUAAUGAUGUGUGGCUUCACCCCUGUUUGUUCAGAUCCUCCUGUUGUCUUGGGUUACAGAACAAACAACGCUCACUGAGGUCUCAGGAAGAAAUGGAGUAGAGUCUCACCAUGGUGAUGAUCCACAGCAGACCUCUCCUAGUCUUUUCCUGCAGCUAAUGAUAACUACAGGAGUAACCUGGGUGGUGGCUAACUGAAGAAAAGACUGGUAGACAAUGGGGAAUUAAGGCUGAGGCAAUUUCAUACAACAGUUUGCACAAUCCCCAUAUGGAUUGUGCAUGCAGAAAACAGACUCCUCUGUAGUGUGAAACAGUCUUUGAACAACCUUGAAACUGGUAACCAGGUUAGAACAAUACACUGUGUGUGUGUGUGUGUGUGAGGGUGUUUAUCUUUAAUUUUUGCUUCUUUUUUAAAGGAGUAAUGCUGUUUUCCAAAAGUAUGAAGUGGCUUUUAUAUUUGAGGGAAUCCAUCAAUAUAAAAAGACCAAAAGUGGUGUGAUGGCACAAAAACAUGGGGGUAGCACAUAACUACAUAUUGGCAGAGAAAUUCUAAAAUGCCACCAAUUUACAGAUGAAAUUAAAACAUUUUGUUGCAAAAGAGUUAAAUAUUGUAUACUGAACUGAAAAUGAAACUGCUGUUGCACCAAAUUUCAAACUCAUUGUGGUUUGUACAUUGGGAUAAGUGGUCAGUUGUGGCAAAACUUAAGAGGAAGCUGUCAUAUGGAUUCUAUGAAACCAUUACAGUGCAUUGUGUUUUUUUUUUUUUAAACUCCUUUCAAACAUUUAGUUGUGCUUGAAUGUAAUAGUACUACAUUCCUAACAUGGGAUAGUUAGAGGAGUGGUUUAGAAACCUUUGUCUGCAUGCACCCUGUAGCCAUCAUAGAGCACGUCCCAGAAACUGCCCGUCUAAGAGAAAUAACAAUUUUCAGGCCUAAUCUGUCUUUACUCAAACUGCAAAAGUUUUUGGAUAUUAUUGUCCUUGUUUUUUUUUCCCCCACCCCUUUGCCAUGAAAACUAGUGGUUUCAGUCUGCAGGCUAUUAGGUGUUUAGGGCAGCCUAACUCUCAUCUGAGAUAUUCAAAAGUAAACUUCACAAAACAGUUUUAGUUUCAAAAGUACAACCCAUUUCAGUCGCUCAAGUGUUGUAACAUUGUAACAUGAGCUGAGGAACUGCCUUUCAGACAGUAUUGGUUAUUAAGUUGCUUCACUUCCUCAUAGCAACAGCCCGCCCCUGAUUUAAAAAUGGCAAAGUUUCUGAGAAGUCAGCUGACGCAGAAGUUAAUCUUUAACAAGGCUGCGCACUGUAGAAUUCUCAGAACUCUGACCCUGAGCUACAAAGAUAGGCCCGGUUUUCGCAGAUUGCAUUAACACUGCGUAAAAGGGAAGCAGAAUUUGUUAGAUUAAAAAGUUAUGUGCUUGCAUGUCUUACUAGCAAAAAAAGUGUGCAAACAAAACAAAAGUUUACAGAGCUGCUUCAGUGGCAUAGAAUUAGAGAUUUGCACUGUUUACUGUGAGGUUUGAAAGGAGUCUUUAAUUAAACCUUUGUCUAAGUCUGUGCUCUAGUUGAAGAGAACAUGUUUAUAUAAUUGUGCAAAGUAUCUUGCUGAAGCCUCUCCUUUAUUGGCAGAAGUGCCUUUGAGCAAAACAAGUCUAAAUUAGUCUCAAGACGCUGAUGCAAAUAAAAAAGUUGAUUCCCUGU